UUUUUAAUUCAUUUUCUAAUCAAUUUUUAGCCAAUUAUUCUUUUGGCUGUUUAAAUAAUAUUUUAUUGCGAGACGCUUCUGACAAAUUAAAAAUGGAAUCUAAUGGAGUUAAUUUAAAUUCUGGUAGUCAACAUUGUGCUACUACUAAUGGUGGAAGUGACAGUUUUGGUAAAAGUUUUUCAACUGAUCACCCUAAAAAUUCAUUGACUGAGCCUGCUUGUGUUGAGCAUGUUGUUCAAUAUAAAGAAAAUUCUAACGAGGUUUGCAAUUUUCAUGUUAGUAUAGGGAUUAUCCUAAGUUUACUUGGGUUGGAAAUUUCUCCUGUUCAGUUGUCAAUUUUUAAUUUUUUACCUAUCCCCUGA